AUGUUUUCUAUAAUACCCAACUCUGACGUUUGCUUUGAAAUACGACACACUUGCUUGAACGACUUCCAAGCGGUAACCAACCAGCGCCAUAAGGCAGCGGGCUGCAGGGGAGAUUCGAGGCGUUUGCCCUCCGCCGACCUCCCGAGCUACCCUCCGGAAGCGGCCUUUGGAGCUAAGCCACACCUUACUCGGCAGGGACCACGGACAGGAUUGGCAACCCGGCUAACUCAAACAGACCCCGGCUCCAGGUCCCAGAGGAAGUCCUGGCGAUCGGCGCCGCGCGGCCAUUGGUCGGCUCGGCCGGAAGAGGCGCGGGCGCCGCCGGAAGGAGCGGGGCUCUCCGGACCGUCUGUGGGCACGGGCUUCGCGCCUCUUGGAUCCCGCGGGGCUGCGCGGUCGGGCCCCGGGACUGCUGGGGUGGUCGUGGUGGGUGGCGCUGGUGCCGCUGAGGCUCAGGGGGGCGAGUGGGUGCCCUCCCGGUUCCUGGACGGGCUGCUGAGGUUACCGCUUCCGCCACCACGGAUUCGCACCUGGCUCUGGUGGUUCCCGGCGCAGGAACUGACACCCUUGCUGCUUUACCUGGAGGCGUGGCUGGCGGACUCGAUCUUCGCCGAGCAACCCCAGGUGUGCUUGAGCUCCAGCGCCUCUGUCGAGAGAGGCACGGCAGAGCGGACUCUCCAGUCUCCUCGCCGGCAGGAGGAACUGCCCCGUGCGGCAUGGCCAGGAGUCUCAGCCCCCCUGAGUCCGGCCAGGUCGGAGGCCGCUCUGCUCCGGAGAAGGGGAGCCCCCCAGCCACCUGCUCAAAGUCCAGGCAGAAGCCGGCAGGACCACCACGACCGCGACCAGCGACGAGGUGCCCCAAACCGCCGGCACUCGAGUCAUCCUGGGCAGCGUCGGGACCCCCUUAUGAAGCAGUAA